AUGAUGUCAGUACGCCACGUCCUUUGUAUUCUGACUAUCGUACUCUGUUUUAUCUGCAGCUCUGUGGUAGUUGCUGAUGAAGCUGAAGCCCUUAAGGAUAAACCUAAGGAACUUGGCCCUAAGGGUCCACCUCCUCUUGGUGUUUUGCCUCCUGUAUCUUCUCCUUGUCCACCUAAUUCAGUAGCCGGGCCAUCUGAAUCUCAUUGUUCUAAUGAUAGUUUGGUCGUGAGUGAUCGUAAUCAUGAGGAGGAAGAUUCACUUAAGAAUCAUUUGGUUGAGGUAGAAGAAGAAACAGUCAGUGCAGGUUUGGGAGGAGGAUUAAACGCAGGACAAGCAGUUCAUCAUUCUGAUCCGGCAAAAAGUGUACCUGCAACAGUUCUUCCCAAUGAGAAAGCUGACCUUGAUGUGAGUCUUCCAAAGGUAAAUUUAGAAAAUCAUCAAGAUGAGAAAGAAAAGAAUAAAGACUCUGAAAACACCCUUCUUGUUAAAGGUGUGGCUGAGAAUGAACGUCAGAAAGGAACCAAUCGUGCUAAUGAAGCUCAACCAUCUACCGCUCAAACUACUUCAGUUUCACUACAAGGAGGGAGAGGUAUAAAUGAUAAUGGAUCCCAAGUUGUUUCUGUCAAUACUGGUCAUGAUCAAGGUGGUGGGGAUAAACCAAAAGUAGAGAAGACAACAGAAGAGAAAGCGAAUGCUCCAGGAAGUGAACAAGGAGAAGAGACGAGGAAAAGUGAAAAAGAAGCAAAAUCUGAUUCUUCCACUAUAUCCAGUACUGUUAAUACUGACACUCAAGAACACCGUUCUCAGCAGGAAGAGACACUAUCUUCACUGGAAUCUCAACAACAAAACGAUACAACUGAGAACGAUAACUCAACGAGUACGAACUCUGACUCUCCCAACACACCCACUAAUGAUGAGGAAUCAACCACCACCACUACUACUACUACAACAACAACAACACUUCCUCCUGAACUCACAAACAACAAGAAGGGUGAUGCAGACAGCAGCAGCAGUAUCAGCAGUUCUGUGUGGGUGCGUGUGCCACUACUGAUUGUGGUUACACCGUCCUGUAUUCUUGUGUGCUGA